GGAGCUUGGAGUACAAGAGCAUUAUCUUAGACCUAAGACCCAAGCUUGCCUUCACCAAGGCUGGGGAGCAGCCCGGUGUACGAUUGCCUCCCGCCAAUCCGCCCCUAUCACCCGCCUCUACCACCGCCCCCUCCUUGGAAACCCAGUUACCAACGUUUAAACCAAUCCCCGGGCGCAACUCUGCCACCCCCACACUCCACCCGCCGCGCGGUCCUCCCGGCCCCGGCUCUCCAUCACUCCGGCACCCCUCGCCUCCUUGCGCUCUCCCCUCCCCGGCGGCGGCGGCGAUGCCAGAGCCUACGCCAGGGCUACGCCGAGCGCUCCUCGGCCUCUGGGCUGCCCUGAGCCUGGGGAUCCUCGGCAUCUCAGCGGCGGCGCAGGAGCCUUUCUGGGCGGACCUGCAGCCCCGCGUGGCCCUGGUGGAGCGCGGGGGCUCGCUGUGGCUGAAUUGUAGUACCAACUGUCCGCGACCGGAGCGCGGUGGCCUGGAGACAUCACUGCGUCGAAACGGGACCCAGAGGGGUCUACGAUGGCUGGCCCGGCAGCUAGUGGACAUCCGAGAGGUCGAGACCCAGCCUGUCUGCUUCUUUCGAUGUGCCCGGCGCACCCUGCAGGCGCGUGGGCUCAUCAGAACUUUCCAGAGGCCGGAUCGGGUCGAGCUGGUACCCCUACCUGCUUGGCAGCCAGUGGGUGAGAACUUCACCUUGAGCUGUAGGGUGCCGGGUGCAGGACCCCGCGCCAGCCUCACGUUGAUGUUGCUGCGGGGCACCCAGGAACUGAUCCGCCGCAGCUUCGCCGGGGAGCCACCCCGAGCACGGGGCGCUAUGCUCACAGCCAAGGUCAUGGCGCGCAGGGAGGACCAUGAGGCUAAUUUUUCUUGCAUCGCUGAGCUGGACCUGCGGCCACAUGGCCUGGGACUCUUUGCCAACAGCUCGGCCCACAGACAGCUCCGAACCUUUACCCUGCCUCCAACCCCCCCGAACCUGGCUGCUCCCCGAUUCUUAGAAGUGGGCUUAGAAAAGCCUGUGAAUUGCACUUUGGAUGGACUCUUUCCCGCCCCAGAAGCCAGGGUUUUCCUGUCAUUGGGAGAUCAGAAGUUGAAUCCUGAUGUGAUCCUGAACCAGGACAGCCUCGUGGCCACUGCCACAGCCAUAGCCAGCGCAGAACAGGAAGGUGCCAGGCAGUUCAUCUGCAACGUGACCCUGGGGGGCGAAAGCCUGGAGACCCAGGAAAACGUGACUAUUUACAAUUUCCCUGCACCUCUUGUGAUUUUGAGUGAGUCGGAAGCCCAGGAAGGGAAGGUGGUGACUGUAACCUGCACGUCUGGGCCUCAAACCCUGGUCACCCUGGAGGGAAUUCCAGCUGCAGUCCUGGGACAGCCCGCCCAGCUCCAGUUAAAUGUCACUGAGGACGAUGACAGGAGGGGCUUCUUCUGCGAGGCCACGCUCGAGGUGGAUAAGGAGACCCUAAGAAAGAAUGGGAGCGCUGAGCUUCGUGUUCUGUACCCACCCAGGCUGGAUGACUCUGAUUGUCCCAGGAGCUGGACAUGGCCUGAGGGGCCAGAGCAGACACUGCACUGCGAAGCUCGAGGGAAUCCAGAACCUUCUGUGCACUGUGCCAGGCCUGACAGUGCGGCAGUGUUAGCUCUGGGCCUGCUGGGUCCAGUGACUCGGGCCCUUGCAGGAACUUACCGCUGCACAGCCAUCAACAGUCAGGGCCAGGCAGUCAAGGACGUGACCCUGACGGUGGAGUAUGCCCCAGCACUGGACAGCAUAGGCUGCCCAGAACAGAUCACUUGGCUAGAGGGAACAGAGGCAUCGCUCAGCUGUGUGGCACAUGGGGUGCCGCCUCCCAGUGUGAGCUGUGUGCGCUCGGGGGACUCAGGGGUCGUAGAAGGGCUACUGCACGUGGCCCGGGAACAUGCAGGUACUUACCGCUGUGAAGCCAUCAAUGCCAGAGGUUCCGCUGCCAAAAAAGUGGCCAUCACAGUGGAAUAUGGUCCCAGUUUUGAGGAGCUAAGCUGCCCUAGCAAUUGGACAUGGGUGGAAGGUUCUGGAAGGCUGUUUUCCUGUGAGGCUGAUGGAAAACCAGAGCCAAGAGUGGAGUGUCUGGGCUCUGAGGACUCCAGGGAGAGGCUGGCACUGCCACUCCUGUCCUCAAACUCUGGUCCCAGAGACUCUAAGGACCCCCACAAUUUGACACCUGGAAUCUACCUGUGCAAUGCCACCAACCCGCAUGGCUCUACCACCAAGACUGUGGUCGUGAGCGUGGAGUCACCACCCCAGAUGGAUGACUCCAGCUGUCCAAGUCAGCAGACAUGGUUGGAAGGAGCCGAGGCUACCCCACUGGCCUGUGUUGCCCGGGGUCGCCCCUCUCCACGAGUGCUCUGCUCCAAAGAGGGGACCUCCAGGCCUGAGCGGCUACGUGUGUCCAGAGAGGACGCAGGGACCUACCGCUGUGUGGCCACCAAUGCACAUGGCAUGGACUCCCGGACCAUCACUGUGGGUGUGGAGUACCGGCCAGUAGUGGCCGAACUGGCAGCCUCACCCAGGAAUGUCCGUCCAGGCGGGAACUUCACUCUGACCUGCAGGGCAGAGGCCUGGCCUCCUGCCCAGAUCAGCUGGCGUGCUCCCCCAGGGGCGCUCAAUUUCGGCCUGUCCAGCAACAACAGCACACUGAUUGUGGCUGGCGCCAUGGGCAGCCACGGUGGCGAGUAUGAGUGCUCAGCCACCAAUGCUCAUGGGCAUCACACACGUCGCAUCACCAUUCGAGUGGUGGGUCCGUGGCUGUGGGUCGCUGUGGGUGGUGCAGCAGGGGGGGCAGUGCUGCUAGCUGCAGGGGCCGGCCUGGUCUUCUACCUGCAAUCAACGGCUUGCAAGAAGGGGGAGUACAACGUGCAGGAGGCGGAGAGCUCGGGUGAGGCUGUGUGUCUGAACGGUGCAGGUGGGACCCCAGACAGUGGGGCCGAGACCCCAGGCGCUGCAGAGUCACCUGCAGGGGGUGAGGUCUUCGCCAUUCAGUUGACAGCAGAGUGAACCAGAACCCCGCUCCCCGCGGGCCGGGGAUGCUCCCCACAAGCACAAGGGGGCUAUGUAUUGUUCCAUUUAUUUAACUGUUUAUUCAAUUCCAAGGGUGUCUCCCCCGUUUUCUACCCAAUCUCCCAAUAAAGUUUUUAUA